AUGGCGGAGCCAAAGAAGUGGGACAGGGAUAGCAAGCAGAGGAGGAGGAAGAACCACCCUAACUGGAAGCAAUCAUGGAGCCAAAAUGUUGGGAUUAAAUGUAUUCUGAGAAGUAUGAAGUUUGCUGUUGCCCUCUUGUUCGUCUUAGCGAUGAGCGCCGUCCUGGUGGCUGCGAAUGCUUCGCAAGAGGCUCAGACGAGACUCUUAGCCUACUUUGACAUAACUACUCUAACACAUAUGAGUACUGUCACCGUUAUGGCUCACUACACUUGUGCCAAAGCUGUCGCCGGUACCGCCUGCACCGGCCGAAGGCGACGUCGUAGCAUCAAGCUAGACAUCAGUAAGAGUUACAACCCUGGCGCCUUCGAGACACUCGUUGGCAGCUCACUGAACACCGAGCUUGAAGAACCCGAAGAAAGCAACGACAAGGGGAAGUUCUUCACGGUUUGGAAGACAACCACUUCGACCCUCAUGAUCACCUCCACUUCGUACAACAGGGAUAUCACCGUGUCUGUGUCCCUGUACUGCACCAACGCCUCCAUGCUGUACGACCUUUGUUGGUGUAAGUGCAGGUGGAAACACAACCAAGAAAGACGUUAUGGCUGCCAUCUCCGCCCAGAGCUCAUAAUUCGUGGAAGCCUCGAAGAGAUGGCGCCUUUGCCGGGUGACUUACAAAUGGAGGUCCGCCGUAAGCUUCAUUCUCAUACACAGCUGUCAUCUUAUAUACUGAAAGCCGCAGUCCAGAUCACCGAUUCACAUUAUUACAUAGACACACAUAACUUACUCACAAAGUUCCUGACCACAUCAGGAGUCGUGACCUCAAAGGAGGCUAACUGCACUCCAUAUCUUUCCCACAUCUUUGAGUUUGCGCUCCACCCUGGCUGCAUUGCGUAUAUAAGGGUGCAGUACCUUGCUUCUACAGUGGUUACUUCUUCCGCAGUCAUGAAACUUGUAGCUGUUUUGGUUGGUCUGUUAGCGGUGUGUGGAGUCCAGGCUGAAGAUGUUGCCGACACAGGGAAUGAGGCAAGAUUAAUUGCUAACUAUCAGACAACUACCUUUACACAGAUGAGCACCAUCACCACCGUGGCUCACUACACCUGCGUCAAUAGUGCCGCCGCUACCCCCUGCACCGGCCGAAGGCGACGUAACAUCAACUUAAACAUCGAUAGCAACUCUGGCGAUUUCAACCCUGACAUUUCCGAGACACUUGUCGGCAGUUUAUCGGACACCGAGCUUGAAGAACCCAGGGACGGCAGCGACAAGGAUAAGUUCUUCUUCACGCUCUGGAAGACAACCACUUCCACCUUCACGGUCACCUCCACUUCCUACAAUAGGGAUAUCACCGUGUCUGUGUCACUGUUCUGCACCAACGCCUCCAUACUGUACGACCUUUGUUAAACACAGCUAAAUAACUACCCUGGCCUAGUCGUCUCCUGCAGCGAGACAGCUAGUUUUUAGUAUUAAGUAUAUGCAUAUAAUAAAUGCGUUCGAUUGUGUGUAAGAAGUUGGCCCUCAAAAUAAAUAUUCACUAUUCAAAA